AUGUCUUUACCCGCUAAUUACACCUCACCAAGCGAAUAUUUCUCGGAUGCUUUAACUUUCCUUAAUAAAUAUCAGUGGAUCUAUCGUGGUCCUAAUAACGACAUUAUAGUAGAAAAAACGCUAAAAAACAUCCCUUAUGAGUGGUGCCAAUAUUUUAAAAAGUCCACACUGGAUCGGCUUAAAAGUUUUGUGAAUAAAGAAACAGACCUUGAUAUUCCAAAGUCUUUGGCAGAUUUUCUACAUGAAGUUCAAUCUUUAACUCCUACAUAUGAAUACAAUGUAGAAAAAUUAGAGUUUAAAUUUGCACACAAUUGCUGUCUAAGCAGUAAAAAAUCGCAUGAAAUAUUAUCUUUAGCACCUUUAGUAGACACAAUAUGCAAACAGAAUGAAAUUAAUGAUAUAAUAGAUAUAGGCUGUGGAUUGGGUUACUUAUCUCAUUUACUGAAUGAUAAAUACAAAUAUAACGUUCUCGGUAUCGACUGCUCUUUAAAAUAUAUUGAAUUGGCUUACAAAAAUCAGGAGAAACUACAUCUAAACUCCAAAGAAUCAGUAAAUUUUGAAGCACAUUUUAUUAACGAGGACAGCAAAAAUGAAAUUGAAAAAUUAAUCGAAAAAAACUUUCACAAAAACGAAGUAAAAAAUAAUAAAAUAUGUCUGGUCGGUUUGCACGCUUGCGCCGAUUUGAGCAUAACAAUUUUGGAUUUGUUCUCAAAAUUGGAUGCUGUGAGUUCAUUGGUUAUUAUGCCGUGCUGUUACCACAGGAUUAAAGUGAAACGGGAAACCGAGGUGGCGGAUUUUUUUGAAAAUUUUCCAAGCAGCGCAGUCUUGAAGGAUUUAUUUUCCGAUGCACAAGCACAAGUUUUUAUUAGAAGGCCCUUUUUAAGAUUGGCUUGCCAGCAAACCGCCAAUAGUUUUAUUAAUAUGGACAAAAGGGAACUUGACAUUCAGAGCAGGAAUUGCUUUUUUAGGGCUUUACUACAAGCAGUUGCAACGGAAGAGAAAUGCACCGUACAAAGAUUAAAAAGGAAAUCGGGAAACACAAAAACCUCGGGAUGCAUCGACGAAGAGUUCAGCAUGUACGUUGAUAAUUUAGGAAACAACCAUAAGCUGGCGUACAAAGACCGCAACCUAACGCUCUCAGAGGCCGGGUUCAGGGAAAAAAUGUUCGAAAAGUGGCUCGAACACAAAGAAGACUACGACUUGGUCUCGAUUUUAGCGGGACUGCAAGCGGCGAUGCAAAGCCUUUGCGAAAACCUGCUUUUGCUGGAUAGAGUGGAGUUUUUGAAGGAGCGCGGGUACAAAUCGCACGUUGAAAGAGUGACGAACGAUUGUAUUUCGCCCCGAUGUUACGCCCUGAUUGCGGAGAAGUGA